GAAACAGCUCAUUAUUAGCAUAAACAUAACCUUCUCCCGACAUGGAUCUUGAUAUCCGUCAGUAUCUCAACAAGGCAAAGGAACAACGAGACUCUGGGGCUCUGCAGUCAGCUUACCGGUUAAUCGAGGUCACGACAGUAGCUGGAAGCGGCGGACGAACUCCACGUGUGGCCCCAGAGUUGUACGUUGUUUGUUCAGAAGCAGCUUUUCAGCUGGGUUGUUUGGAGAUAAGCAAAGCGUGCCUAAAGAUGUACUUUGAAGGGAAUCCGCCGGCUAAUCAAUUUUUGAGUCGAGCCUACCUCUGCCGGGGCCAGCUGAAGUCUCCGCCGGCAACUGGGAGUGUGGGAGACUUUGAAGAAGCUGUGCAGUGUUUUCUUAAAGCAAUUGAAAUUUCAAAGCGUGACCCGAGAUACUACUUCAUAGCGUUCAAUGCCUCAGUGCUGUACUUCCAGACAGUGCGUCCUCUCCUGCAGCCAGGGCGGUGCCGCCACCUCGUCCCCUCCCUCAGACAGGUGGUCCAAAGUCUGGAGGAGGUGGCAGACCAGGACCACAGCUGGAGGGCUGAGCUCAUGAUGCAUCUUAUCAAAUGUCUUGUGGACUCUGGUGAAAUGGAAGAUGCUGCAAGUUUUGCCAAAGUUACAGAAGAAUUCAUGAAGUCACAUACCCCACAUAUUUAUCCAAGACUCUUUACAUUACUGGUACAACACAAGCUGACAGAGAGUGAUGUCCUCAUUGAAAUGAGCAGGCAGUGUACUACUUUAGCAGUCAUUUACAGAAUACAGGAAUUUAAAAAGUAAGGGAAGUUUCUUUGGCUUAUUUAAAUAAAAGUUGUUUGUAUUUUUGCCAGAGGAUUUAUUUUGCAGAAAGCGUUGUUUUUUUGCUGCAAGUUGGAAGAAAUUAAUGAGGAUGAAACAACAAAAGAGGAGCUUGAGCAGAUUUUUCGUCUCCUGAUGGAUUCUACCAAAGCAUCUGCUACACCUGUGAACUCCAGUCCUCUUCAGCGCCCGACACCCAUCCAACCAGCUGACAGAGUUGCCUUCCUCCUGGAGUUGGCUCUGCUGGCCCUGCGAGUGAAGCGUCAUGAAGUAGCUGUCGACUGUUUGAAAGAGCUGAAGUCGGCAGGAGAGGCUAGUACUGGCCAACGCACAAUAAUGGAAUGUGUCAACUGUGAAAUCAACCUCCAGAAGAGAGAGGGGAAGAUGAACGACUACUCCAAAGCCAGUGUGGAGGCCCGGCUGAAGGAGAUAGGCAAGCUGGAUCAGUGGCUGCAGACUGCAGUGAGGGAGGGGGGCCCUCAGGCCGCGGAGGCAGUGUGUGCUACGCUGUGGAGCUUCUGUCUGCCCCUCUUGCAGCACAACCUCAGGAAACGCAUCUGGACACCUCUGCUCAGGGUUGCCCAAGUACUGGAAGACAUUCAAAGUAUGUUGCUGGAGACGCGCUGUCAAGUCCACUCGGAGCUGGCAGUGAUUGAAGAGGAGGACGGGCGCCUUGAGGCCUCUUUGAAUCACCUUCAGAAAGCCAUGCUGCUGGAUAACGGGACAAGACGAGAACGCCUGUCAUCAGCUCUCCGCCUCCUGCAACUCAGAGGCACCCUCUACCAAACGCCCCCCCGGGCCGAGGAUAAAGCCGACAUGCUUAUGCAGCAGGCCAGGGACAUGCAGCCCCAGGACAAGACAGACAGUCGUCCCAUCCUUGUCGCUGUUGGUCUGCUUUUGGCCCCUGACGAUUUCCAGAUGGUGCUGAAUGCUGACAACACCUCCAAAAUUCCCGUAGGCAGUCCUGGAUCUGGACCAGUGGCUCAGCUCUCUGCUAAGGCGCGGCAUCACUCUACAUCUGUGCGGAAGCUGGAUGGACACCUGGCCAGACAAGGAGAUGACACAGACAACACAGAGAGGGCGAAUCUAUGGGCAACGCUGGUGAAGACGGCCAGAAAACAGGAAGUUUGGGAUGUGUGCCGAGCUGCUUGUCGAUUCUGUUUGCUUUACGAUGAUGGGAGAUGGAAGAUCUCCGAGACUGACAAUCCAGAAUGUAGGACCUCGGAGGAAGAAAGCAGUGCAGAAUGUCUUCCCGAUUGCAAUCAAAGCCAAACCUGCGUGAGGGACUUGCUGCGCCUUUUAGCCGAAAUCCGCUUCAUCAGUGCUGAGGCCACCGUCCAAAAGCUGCUAACAGAGGGGGUUCAGCUUAACGGCCCUGUUGUCCCUGCAGUGGAGAAUGAGUUGAGUGCGUCUGAAGAGGAUCCACACUGGGUUGUUUACAGAGUCUGGAUCCAGGCUCUGUCUGCCUACGCCACCUCCAACUUCUUGCGUGCAGCAGAGCUCGGAGCAGAGAUCGAGGAGCCGUGGGUGGUAGCAAAUGCAGCAAUUUACCUGUGGAACUACAGCAGCCACUUGUUGUCAGUUGGCGAGUAUCAAAGCCUGCUUCCCUCCUUCCAAAGUCUUGUGACGAUGCUCCAAAAGACAGAGUUCACUGGGAACCGCGCUCUGUUCGUGUUGCUUUGUGAUGCUGUGGCCCGGGGACUGAUUCAGCCUCUGUGCGGACCAGACAGCGUCGAGCCAGCACUGCCAGGAGAAAAGGGCAGAAACAGAAAUGAGAAGGGGAUGGAGAAGGCUGCCAGCGUCCAUGGGGUUUUCUUAGACCCUGUUGCCCUUCAGGAUGUCCGCAGGGCAUCAGAGCUGUGUGACUACGCCCUUCGCAUCUCCACCUGUAACACCCCAGGGGAGACCGUCCCCAUCGCAGCAAGGAAACAGGUGGUGGCCACAUGGGUGCAGGUCAAGAGGUUCCUGCAGCAGGAGAUUGGCUCAAAGAUGGACACUAAAGAUGAGUGUGAGAACGAGGAGGUGUCAGCAAUGACGCGUGUGCUGGUUGCAGUGGAGAUGCUCCAGUGCAAUAGGAACCCGAGGCAUAUGGAGUUCUCUGUUCCCAGUCUCUCCACACUGGUGAGCAUGGCGUCAGAAUGCAGCUGGACUGACGGUGUGGUGGAGAUGCAGGUGUGGUGCCAGCUGGCUGCCUUCUGCCACCAUGCUAAGGACCACAGUUUGGUGUUGUGCUGCACCGAGAACGCUCUGCAGCUGGAAGAAGCAGCAGCAAAAAGCCUCAACACCAUGCCCUGUGUUUUGUACGGCCUGACUGCGGUGAACGAAAUGCUGAGCAAUGCCAGUUGUUUGCGAGGUUUGAGUUUAGUCCACGAGUCCAGUGGAGAUCUACAAACUUACAGGGAGGCUAUGAAAGUGCUUCUGUCCAGUGUCAGCUAUGCAGAGAUGGCUGAGAAUCCAGCAUUGUGUGUGGCAGCUGCCAGGCAUUACUGGAACACAUGUCUACCACUGACUGAGACUCCUGAGGAAAGAUGGCAGCUCCAAGAGCCCCUGGAGAAGAUUCUGGCAGCUCUGGUUAACACCAACAUAAAGCAUGCAAACAAACAGGGCAAAGUGAAAGGCUUGCUGACCUUGACAGCACUUCCUCUUGGGAGUUCUAAACAUGAAGCAGAAGAUGAAGAGGACCUCACCCUGAGAGCAGCCAUCUACAGUUUGUUGCUCAACAUCCACAUUGAUAAAACGGACUGGAAAAGUGCCUUGCAGCUGCUGGACCAAGCUAUCAGAGACAUGCCUCGCACCAGACACCGGCUACCUCAGCUGAAACACCGAAUACUGGUGAAAGCACAGCUCGGGAAAUGUGUACUGAUGGACAUGCAGAAGUUACAAGACGAAGGAGAGCAGUGCUGUUCAUUAAUGUGGCACCAGGUGGCAUUGUGUGCUGGCAACAUAACCCAGCAGCUCACCUACUACCAGAAGUCCAUCACCUCUCUGUUGAGUGAAAAGACUCAGUCUGAGAAGGUCAGCCUUCUGCUAGAGUUUGGGGAGUGGCUGUACUGUCACAACUUCCCUAAAGCCCAUGCCCAACAUCAGGUCCAGUGGGCCAUAGACAUCCUUCUACAUUUGGAAAGUGAACAGGCAGAAAGAGCAGAAGACGAGUCCAAAAAAAGGUGUUUGAGCUCAGUGGAAUGCGAGUCCCUGGUGGGAGUCCAAGGCUUGUUAUUGACAGAAAGUUUGUCAAAUCUGAAGGAGGUGAGGCGUCUUGACAGCUUGGUAAGAGCACACACUCUGCUCGCUGUCAUGGCAGACAAGACUUCACCGGAGCACCAGCUUAACCUGCUCAGAGCCUACGUCUUUGUGCUUCGGAUAUGGCAGGUGUCCAUGGCAGUGGGUUGGGAGAUGUCCAAUGAGAUGGCAAAGAACCAGCCACCCCAGCCUCCUCUCUCCGCUGGAUCCAAAAAAGGCAAAGACAAAGGCAAAGGCAAAAAAGGGAAAGAUCCUACCCCUUCAGAAGAGAGACCUAAACCCGUUGUCUUGGAUCAGGCUCUUCCUUCCACUCCACAGGACUGGGCUCGCUACGUCUGUCCUGAACAGGCCAGGCAAAUCUUCAGAGCCAACAGUAACCCCAACUGUAUCAAUACAAACAGCAUUACAAAGCAGACUCAAAGCCUGUUUUAUCUCGACAUGCUGGAAAAGGAGCUCCACUCACUCUCACUAGACCACCUGACCCUGCCCAUAAUGCAUCUUGCUGAGACCAUUGCUCAUGACCUUUUGGAUAGGAGGAGCCUCUCCGACCUCUACCGACUUAGAAUUGUGAGGUGCUGUAGCCGACUGGGUUUGGAGACACAUUCACCGUAUCAUGAAAAGCUCCUGAAACUGAGUAAAAUACAAGAACAAGAACAGAUGGGGUGCCAUAAAGUCAUCGCUUUUUCACAGGAGAGAAAAGGCCUUCACAAAGCUUCCAAUCAGAAAGUUGAGGUGGAUGAAAUGGCUGUGUCUGGGCGACAGAGGAGUGAUGUGUGUGCUCAGGAUAUCUGGCUGGACAAAGCUGAGGUUUGCCUCAGCAUUGGGCUCCGUCAACCAGCCAGGCAGCUCCUGGCAGAGGCUCACUCUGUGGCUAUGGAGCUCAGAGACCAGAAGGCAAUGGCUAGAAGUUUGCUCAGUCUGGCCAUUCUGGCGUGUGAAGAGCAGAACUUUGCUCAGGCUUUGAUCCUGCUGGACAAAGCCCACCGUCUGGGUGGGGAUGAAGAGUUCUGGUACAAGUUUACCCUCACCAAGGUAGCGGCUGUAGUGGGCCAGAGAGACCAAGACGCACACACCAAGGCUGAACAGAUUAUAAAACAAGGCUGUGUGGCUCUGAAGCUGGUUCUGGAGCAGCGGGUAAACCGAGCCCCAGAAAUCACAUUUUUCAUCACCUCAUUAGAGAUGAGGGGUGCCAUUGAAGGUAUACGUGCCCUUGGUGGCGGUGAACCUGGAGAGACGAUCACCAACGAGUUUGUCCAGAGGCUGAUGGCCGCCUGUGAUACACUCAGAGAGUGUGCCAGUGGUUUCACUAAACUCGGCUAUAAAGAACAGGCAGCGGAGGCACUUGUAGAGUAUGCACAUGGUCUGAGAAUCCUAGCCAACCGUACGACUCACACAGAGGACAAACAGCGCCUACUGCUCGAUGGUCUAUCCCAAAUGCAGCUCGCUGUUACAGAGCAGGAACGUGUGGCGCUGAAUGCUCAGAGAGUGCUCCCCCCACAGGAGGAGAGUCAUGGAGUGUCACUGGCAGCCAUGCGGAGGCUCCUGCGCUUGCGACUGGCCCUGGCAGAGUUUUGUCUGGUCGUGAUGGAGGAGCACUGUGCUGAGGAGAAACGCCAAGCUCUGGCCCGCGAGUGGAAAACCUCUGCUGAGAUAGCACUGGAGGAGUUUACACGCUGCACACCUGAACCCAACUCUGUAGAACAGGAAUGGGUGAGUGUGGGCAGUACCUUGGGGCAGGUGGCCCUGGGCCAACUGGCUGCGGUCAGAUCUCACUACCUGGACAACAUGGAGGCCAGAGCUUGCUGCCUGAGUCUGAUGGGAAAGUACCUCAGACUGCUGGCUGUGCAGGAAGACCCAAUGUAUCUGUGUGCUCUCUGGGACAGACAUAAACAGGAGGAGGCCUGUUCUGACCCCAAAGCUGUUUCCGUGGAGGAGGAGAUUUCAGAGAAAGACGGAGAAUCAAGCAGAAGAGAGCCGACUGUGACCUCGGCCAAAAGUGCUGAGCUGCAGCAGCGGAGGAGGCGUCGAGCCCAGCAGCUGUUGGCACAGGCCAAUAAGGCACUGGCAGAAGCCGUCAGCCUGAGUCUCCAAAACAAGCUGUCCUCCUCCAUCCUGGCUGAUGCCUCUCUCAACAUGUUGGAGUGCCAUGGCCAGUCUGACCCUGCAGUGGCAGGUCAAUAUCUUGCCCUGUUUCAGAGCUGCUGCACUGUCGCUACGAUGGCCGAGGUCCUAAGCUCUGCCUGUGCUGGCACCAGUGAGUCCCAGCUCUCAGCUCUGCUCAGCCUGCACAGGAAACUGCUCCUCUCUCAAGAGGAGAGGACCAGCAGCAUGCUGAAGGGAUUGGAGGACUCCCUCAAUAGCCUCUCCAAGGCCUUCAGCCAACUGACCAUCCAUCCCAGCCACUUAAAUAUCCUUGAAGAGCUUCCGUCCAACCUGAAAAUCCUGCUGCUUCAGCACUCUGAAGAUGGGUCAGAACUUUAUGGGGCCUUCUAUGAGAUGACCAAAGCUCCAAAUCAAAAGGGAAAGACUACACAAGUUACAGGUACCCUGACGUGCUCUAGGGUGGCCAAGGUUUCAGUCUGCCCACGGGCUCUGCUGGCACUGAGGGAGCAGACUCGAGUCUUUGGCCUGGAGACUAGAUAUGCCCUCAUCAAGCAAGCCUGUUGGCACAGUGCAGAGGGCAGGCUGGAGGCCUCCAUGGAACAUCUUGUACGUCUUAAAACUGCUGCAGAAGAAAUGUUAGGACCUCACUUCAGAGAAAUUGUACAAGAUAUGGAAAACUAUUUGAAUCCACUUCUCACACAGUUUGACUUCUCAUGCUUAAGGCCCCAGGCUGUAUCACCACCAGUCCCUGAAAUGACCAAAACCAAAGAUAAAGACGAGAAAGGGAGCUCAGCUAAAUUACCAGCAGAGCCAGGGGAGUAUGUGGUGUUGCUGGCAGACAGGAAGUUGCUGGAGUUGCCGCUGGAAGCCUUCUCCAUCCUGCAGGACCAAGGCCUGAGUUCUGUGUCUCGAGACUUCUCCCUCCAGCUUCUCCACAGUCGCCUGAACAGAGAAGAACCAGACAAAGUUGAAAGUGACAACAAAAAGGAGACCAAAGGUGGCAAGGGAACUAAGGGGAAGGGAGAUCAAAGCCAUGCCAUCAAAAUACCUGUGAAUCGUGUGUUACCUUCUAACACCUUCCCGGUGGCCACACGUCACAUGAAAUAUAUUGUUGACCCUUACAAUGAAGGCGACUUUGGAGGGACAAGUCUGAGCAUGAGGAUGAAGGAGAUUUUGGAAACCCACAGCCAGCAUUGUACCCAUCUGUGGGAGGGCUUCAUGGGGAACCGAGAAACGCCCAGUCUGUCCGAGAUGGAGCAGCUGCUGUGCAGAUGCAGUGCCUUCAUUUACCUGGGGAUGGAGCGCUUCAUGGCAAAUAUUCCACCUGCCAAACUGGCAGCCUUCAAUCUGUCUGAGUGUCGCAUGGCUCUGCUCUUCGACCUGACUCAGAACAGUGCCAGUGUUCUCCGCCAAUCAAACCUUGACAUGUACAAGAGUGAGGGACAGCUGGACCUGGAGAAACCCCUGCAGACUGCUCUGCUCUUGAGUUUGAGUGGUGUCGGCUGUAUUGUCCUCAACCAGUGGCACAGCAGCCUUCAACAGAACACACACAAUAUGGUCAAUGUGCUAGACAAUCUACUGAGGGUCAGGCAGACCUCUGGCCAGACCGUCCAUGCCCUGAGGAGAGGAGACAGUAAGGUCACAGGAUCAUAUGAUCAAGUGCUCCACAAUGGCUCGAAGGAAGAUGAUGCUCAUCACAGAACGACUCUCACACCAGCAGCCUUCAACUGCAUUGUCUAUGGCCUCCCUAACCUAAUUGUGACAUAA